AUGUGGAAACCAUCUGGAAAGGUAAGAGACUUUUUGUAUCGAAGUACAUUUGCUCUCUUUACAUUAUUAUUGAUCUUAUUUUCGGCUGUUUUACCAAUUGACACGAUUGCCCAAGCUGCUGAAUCUGAAAAUAAUGCAUUCAAUACAUUUAUUGUAGUCGGAGCACUAGUCGUGUUUGUUGUAGUGUGCGUUACAUUACUUGUAGGCAGAUUAUUAUAUUAUAGAAGUUGUUUAAUAGAUAUACCGAGAAGGUAUUUACCGAUAACACCAGCUGAUUUACCUCAUGAAGAGAGUCGACAAUUCAUUAUGAACUCAAUGGAAAGAUCCAAGGAAUUAAGUGUUUUAUUUAAUACUCCGCAAGAACCCGUAAUACACGCAGGGUUAGAACCACCUAGACGAUGCGAUAUUCCAAACUAUGAUAAAAUAUUUCCAGAAUACCUGGAUUAUAAAGCUGCAAUGAAAUCCAUUAGAAGUAAAUUUAAGUAUACGGGUGUAUUUCUACCUGUAUCAGAAACUAGGGCAGAUAUUAAUGAAACUAUUUCAGACUUGAUGAGUUCCAAUUAUAUCAAGAAUGGUUGCCCCAAUAAUGAUGAAACAGUAAAGACAAAAAGGUUUAUUCAACUAUAUGAAUAUUGUACAUUUUCCGGGGAAGACGUUACAAGAGAACAGUUUUUGGAAUUUGUUGAACUAUAUAUAUACUUUGCGGACACUACGAGUCCAAUACGUUCUAAUGGAAACAUAUGUAAUUCAAAUGAAAGUCUACAGUUGAAGGAUUCGGAAUCUGUUGUCCAUGCAAAAGCUCUCGACGACGGCCCUACACGUAUCGCUAACCACAACAAUGAAAGGUUCCUUGAAAAUUAUGAUAUUUAUAAUAACAGUAAUCAAAAUAUCAGAUAUGAUGUGAUGGAUGAGCCAGAUAGUGUUUACGAGAUGUCAGGAAAGAUGAAUAAUGAUAAUGAUGGUAAUUAUGUGCCCUAUUUCCCAGAAUCGAAUAAUUUAAACCUACAAACACUUGAGGGUGUCCCAUCAAUUACCUCUACCCAUAGAAGGGUCCAAACUAAGAAUCAAGAUAACAUCAGUGAAUAUUCUGUUACUGAACCCAAAAAAUGA